AUGUCUAGCAUUACCUUCACAGUCUUCAAGGGUGACAAGUCCGGUGUGCCCAAGAAGGCCACUACGACUAAGCCAAAGCAAUUGUCGGGAGAUAGUGUCCUAGUUAGAAUUACAGCGUCCGGACUAUGCGGAACUGAUCUUCAUUUCAAACAUGAAGAUAUGGUCCUUGGACACGAGGGUAUUGGUGUUGUUGAGGAAACUGGGCCCGGGUGCAUAUUCUUGAAGAAGGGCGACAGGGUCGGCUGGGGAUACGAACAUGACUCUUGCGGCCACUGUGAGCAAUGCCUGAGCGGUAAAGAGACAUACUGCGCCAGGCGUGUUAUGUACGGAGAGGCGAACCGGGACCAAGGCAGCUUCGCAACGCACGCCAUCUGGAAAGAAGCUUUCCUCUUCAAAAUUCCCGAUGAGUUGUCAGACGAGGAUGCUGCACCCAUGCAAUGCGGCGGAGCUACCGUUUUCAACGCUCUCCACGCCUACAGCACCAUGGGUACAGAAACGGUCGGUAUAAUGGGAGUUGGUGGUCUCGGCCAUUUGGCUAUUCAAUUCGCUGCUAAGAUGGGAUGCCGUGUCGUCGUCCUGUCCGGUACCGAUUCGAAGAAGGAAGAGGCGAUGCGAUUAGGAGCCCACGAAUUCAUCGCUACUAAGACUACGAAGGACCUGAAAGUAUCGCAUCCGCUGAACCGCCUACUUGUAUGCACCUCUGCCCAGCCCAACUGGAGGCAGCUUACCCCGAUCCUAGCUCCAGGCGCGUUCAUCCACCCGCUUUCCGUCGAUUUGCAUGGCGAUUUCAAUAUCCCUUAUUGGGAUCUUCUAACGAACGGAGUUACCAUCCAAGGAUCUGUGAUUGCCUCGAGAUAUAUCCACAAGCGUAUGCUUGAUUUCGCUGCUCUGCACAAGAUCAAGCCUGUUGUCCAGAUUUUCCCGAUGACGGAAGCUGGUAUUAAGGAAGCCAUGGAGAAAUUAGACCAAGGCAAAGUGCAUUUCCGUGCAGUCUUCAAACCUGGAAAAGAGCUCUAUGCGGAACAAGUUGUUCGAUCCUAG